UCUCUCUCUCGCCCAUUUGCGAGAACUCGAGCUCUCUCAAUCUCUCUCUCUCUCUCGCUUCUUCUCGGCGCCGAGAUGCAAGCCCUACGCGCAGCUCCGACCCGAUGGUCUCCGCCUACGUCCCGGCGCCGGCGCCGGUGGCAAGACGUCCUAUGCGCCGCCGCCUCCCAAUUCCUUCUCCAGCGAUCCGCGCAUCGGCUGCUGUUGCAUCGGCGCCGAAGCGGGAAACGGAUCCGAAGAAGCGGGUUGUGAUCACGGGGAUGGGACUCGUCUCCGUAUUCGGCAACGAUGUGGAUCUCUACUACGAUCGGCUUUUGGCGGGGGAGAGUGGGAUCGGGCUAAUUGAUCGAUUUGAUGCGUCUAAGUUUCCGACGAGGUUCGCCGGACAGAUCCGAGGGUUCUCGUCGGAGGGGUACAUCGACGGGAAGAAUGAUCGGAGGCUUGAUGAUUGCCUCCGGUACUGCCUUGUUAGUGGGAAGAAGGCGCUUGUGAACGCCGGGCUUGCUCUUGGAUCGCCGGAGCUUGAGAAGAUUGACAAGGUUCGGGCAGGUGUGCUUGUCGGGACAGGCAUGGGUGGUCUCACAGUGUUUUCCGAUGGAGUUCAAGCUCUCAUAGAGAAAGGCUACAGAAAGAUAACUCCAUUCUUCAUCCCCUAUGCAAUAACAAAUAUGGGUUCUGCCUUACUUGCCAUGGAUAUUGGUUUUAUGGGUGCAAACUAUUCGAUUUCAACUGCUUGUGCUACCUCCAACUACUGUUUCUAUGCCGCGGCCAACCACAUCCGUAGAGGUGAGGCUGAUAUAAUGAUUGCUGGUGGUACGGAAGCUGCUAUUAUUCCAAUUGGGAUCGGAGGUUUUGUUGCUUGUAGGGCUCUGUCUCAGAGAAACGAUGAUCCUAAAACCGCAUCGAGGCCAUGGGACAAAGGCCGUGAUGGCUUUGUUAUGGGUGAAGGUGCUGGUGUCCUGGUUAUGGAAAGCUUGGAACAUGCAAUGAAACGUGAUGCGCCAAUUAUAGCCGAGUACCUGGGUGGUGCUGUGAAUUGUGAUGCAUAUCAUAUGACUGAUCCGAGAGCCGAUGGACUUGGUGUUUCGAGUUGCAUUCAAAGCAGUCUUGAGGAUGCUGGAGUAGCACCGGAAGAGGUUAACUACAUAAAUGCCCAUGCGACCUCCACACUUGCUGGUGACCUAGCUGAGGUGAAUGCCAUAAAACAGGUGUUCAAAAACCCAUCCGAAAUUAAAAUCAAUGCAACCAAGUCUAUGAUAGGACAUUGCCUUGGUGCAGCAGGUGGUUUGGAAGCCAUUGCAAGUGUGAAAGCCAUAACAACUGGGUGGCUGCAUCCUUCCAUAAACCAAUUUGAUCCAGAGCCUGCAGUUGAAUUCGAUACAGUUGCGAAUGUGAAGCAACAACAUGAAGUCAAUGUUGCAAUUUCAAACUCAUUUGGAUUCGGAGGACACAACUCAGUCGUCGUUUUCGCCCCUUUCAAGCCAUGAUUGAUAAAUUAUUAGAGUUAUCAUUGUUGCAAGGGCCCUAUACCUAAUUGAUACACAUCACUCCGGAAAUUGUUUCAUUUAGAAUGUUCUGCCAAUUUUGGUACUAGGAUGGUGAAGAGUUUGAGAGAUGUUUUCCAUGCUACAAUUCAAUUCCUUCAUUUUAUCUUUAAUUGGAUUUUUAAUUUGUAGUACUUUUUCACAUUUGAUGUACUCCUUGUUGAACUCUUGAGUUUCGAUCCAAUUCACUGCUUUUCUUAUGUA